GCAGACAAGAAGCUCAAUCUUUGUGCAAAGCAGCAAGGCUUUGUUUGGGUUCCAAUAGCACAUUGACCACCUCAAACACAUUCACAACGUUGCACCAAUGGCCGCCGCCGAACACGGAAUAAGCCUCGAACCUGAGACAAAGAACCUUCUCAACCACCACACCGAGAAGCACUUCACCGCCGGCGAAAUAGUCCGCGAUAUCAUCAUCGGCGUUUCCGACGGCCUCACCGUUCCCUUCGCUCUCGCCGCCGGCCUCUCCGGCGCCAAUGCCACCUCCUCCAUCGUUCUCACCGCUGGCAUAGCCGAAGUCGCCGCCGGCGCUAUUUCCAUGGGGCUCGGCGGUUAUUUGGCAGCAAAGAGUGAAAGCGAUAAUUACGCGAGGGAAUUGAAAAGAGAGCAAGAAGAAAUCGUCACGAUGCCGGAAACUGAAGCGGCAGAGGUAGCAGAAAUACUAGCUGAGUAUGGGAUUGAGGCACACGAAUAUGCACCUGUGGUGAAUGCUCUCAGAAAAAACCCUCAGGCAUGGCUUGAUUUCAUGAUGAAAUUUGAACUGGGACUAGAGAAGCCAGAUCCAAAGAGAGCAUUGUACAGUGCAAUGACAAUUGCCAUAGCUUACAUAUUGGGAGGGGUUGUCCCUCUACUUCCUUACAUGUUCAUUUCAAAGGCAUCAGAGGCUGUUGUGUUCUCAGUUGUGGUUACCUUGGUUGCAUUGCUCAUUUUUGGUUAUGCCAAGGGUCACUUCACUGGCAAUAAACCAUUCAGGAGCGCUUUGGAAACAGCUUUCAUUGGUGCCAUUGCCUCUGCAGCUGCUUUUGGUAUGGCAAAGGCUUUCAAUCCGUAGAUUUUCCAUGUCUUGUACUUCAUAUAACUAAGCUUCUUAUAGGAACUUUGUUAACUUUUUUGCGUUUGUUACUUAUUACUUAUUUUCAUUUUUUGUUCGGUAAGAUUACAUGCCAGCACAACCCCUUUUAUUCA